AUGGCGUUCAAAUAUGCCCACAAGUUCUCACUGGCAAUUCUUUUAUUGCCCCAUCUUUCUAUCGCACAAGGACCCGACACCUUAACUCCAGAAUACCAUCCCAAGCUUCCAAUCUACAAGUGUACCAAAGCCAACGGUUGCUUAAAGCAAGAUACAUCCGUAGUUCUCGACUGGAAUACUCGUCCGAUCCAUACGACCAGCACAGGCGAACCAUGCAAAACAUCCAUCGGAGUCGAUAGAAGAAUCUGUCCGAACCAACUUACCUGUUUCAAGCAAUGUGUCGUCGAAGGGCUGGAUUACUACGCAUACGGAGUUUCGACUUCUGGUGAUGCCUUACAGCUUUCACAAUUCUCUCAGCAAUUUCAGGAUGCUCCUUCCCCUCGAGUCUACCUUUUGGGAGCGGAUGGGAAUUAUGUCUUGUUCAAAUUGAAGGCACAGGAGAUUACCUUUGAAGUUGACGUUUCUCAGUUGCCUUGUGGUGAGAAUGGAGCUUUGUACCUUGCUGAAAUGAUGGCGAAUGGUGGGAAGAGUACAUACAACCCUGGUGGCGCGAAUUAUGGAGGUGCAUACUGCGAUGCCCAGUGUCCUUACCAAGACUGGAAAAACGGAAACCUUGAUGCGGCGGGUCCAUCCUGUUGUAGUGAAAUGGAUAUCUUCGAAGCCAACUCCCAAGCCGUCGCAUUUACCCCACACCCCUGCGCCGGUAAUUCUUGCGACAAAAGCGGGUGCGGCUUUAAUCCGUAUGCGGCCGGACACCCCAAUUACUGGGGCCCCGGCAAGACCGUUGACACCACCAAGCCAAUCACCGUCGUUACCCAAUUUCUAACUGAUGACGGCUCCCCCAAUGGAGAGUUAACAACCAUCCGUCGGAAGUAUGUCCAAAAUGGUCAGGAAAUCGCUAGUGCUUCUGUCGGUGGCGAUGUUAUCCAAAAAGACCAAUGCCCAUCUGGUGAGGAAUAUGGCGGGCUCGUGACAUUGGGUAAAUCAUUCGGGCGCGGUAUGGUACUCGUAUUCAGUAUCUGGAAUGACCCCGUGGAAAAUAUGAAUUGGUUGGAUAGUGGGAAUAAUGGACCGUGUGACCCCUCGGAAGGGUCUCCGGAAAAUAUUCGAAUAAAUUAUCCUUACGCCAAAGUUAAAUUUUCUAAAAUUCGAUAUGGAGAGAUUGAUUCGACUUUGAAUAAUAAUCUCCUUACUUCGACAACGAGGAUCUCUACAACUACCACGACUAGUUAG